AGGAACUGUGCAGAUAUUUCUUCCAGUUCAGAGGGUUGUGAAAAACUCAACUGGAGAAGAAAACACUUCAAUCGAAAAAAAAUGGAUGAAACGUUUCUCCUGAUGCUCUCAAACCUCCUCCAUCUCCACAACUCAAUCGACCCAACAACCUCCCUCCUCUCCACCACCCCCACAACCGCCGCCGCCGCAUCUUCCUCCCCCACCACCUCCUCCUCCCCCACCCCCACCUCCCUCCUCGCCUCCUCCUCCGCCGCCCCUCUCCUCUUCUUCACCAUCGCCUCCGUCCUCUCCUUCAUCGCCACUUCCCGCACCAAACCCUCCUCCUCAUCCCAAAACCCACCCCCCGCCUCCGCCGACACCGCCGCCGCAUCCGCCUUUUCCGUCUCCGCCUUCCGAGCCCUCUCCACCGAACACAUCUGGUCCCUAGAAGCCCCUCUCCGCGAUGCCCAAUGGCGGUCCCUCUACGGCCUCUCCUACCCUGUCUUCACCACCGUCGUCGAGAAGCUCAAACCCCACAUCGCCCUCUCCAAUCUCUCGCUCCCCUCUGACUACGCCGUCGCCAUGGUCCUUUCCCGCCUCUCCCACGGCUUCUCCGCCCAAACCCUCGCCUCCCGCUACUCCCUCGAUCCAUACCUCGUCUCCAAGAUUACCAACAUGGUCACCCGCCUCCUCGCCACCAAGCUGUACCCUGAGUUUAUCAAGAUUCCCAUCUCCCGCCGCAGGCUAAUCGAAACCACCCAGGCUUUCGAGGAGCUUACGUCGCUCCCCAACAUGUGUGGCGCCAUUGACGGCAGCCCAAUCAAGCUCCAUAAGCACAAUUUGCCCGGAAACUACAAAUGCCGAUAUGGGUACCCUUCGGUUUUGCUCGAGGUCGUGGCGGAUCACAAGAAAAUCUUCUGGGAUGUGUGUGUGAAAGCCCCUGGCGGCACAGACGACGCCACCCAUUUCAGAGAUAGUCUUUUGUACAAUAAGCUGACUUCCGGCGAUGUUUGGGAGAAGAUAAUCAAUGUGAGGGGUCAUCAUGUGAGGCCUUACAUUGUUGGGGACUGGUGCUACCCCUUGAUGUCCUUUAUGCUGACACCCUUUUCGCCGAAUGGGAUGGGGACUCCUGCUCAGAACCUGUUUGACGGAAUGCUUAUGAAGGGGAGGUCUGCUGUGGUUGAGGCAAUUGGGCUGCUUAAAGGGAGGUGGAAGAUUCUGCAGGACCUCAAUGUGGGUAUUAAUCAUGUGCCUCAGACCAUUGUUGCGUGUUGCGUGUUGCAUAACUUGUGCCAAAUUGCGAGGGAGCCUGAACCGGAGCUCUGGAAGGACCCGGAUGAGAGUGGGCUGCCGCCCAGGGUGCUUGAAAGCGAGAAGGAUUCUUACUACUAUGGGGAAAGCUUGAGGCAAGCAUUGGCAGAUGAUUUGCAUCAGAGGCUUUCGUCGAGAUAAGACACGCAUCCUUUCAGGGUAAAGGGGUGGCUUCUCAAACCUUUAAUUUUUCUAUGUAAGGAUGUUUGUUUGAAUGUUAUCUUCGUUGUUCGUUUUAGGUUUUAGGCUGCAGUACUUGAAUUAAGCUAAGUAUGUGAUGACUGAGAUAGUUGUUGGGGGCCGACUGACUUGGUAGUGAAGUUAAAAGAUUGGUGGAAAGAGUGGAAAUCCACUAGGUGUACUGCAUUUUAUGUGUGUGUUUAGCAGUAGUCGUUGAAGGUGAAGGGGAUCAGAGUAAAAUGUCCGAUUUCGACGGAAAUCCUUGUAGCUAGUCUUUGGGAAGAAUCUUGUGCGUCGUAACCUUGCAAUGUUACUGUCGAAAUUAUCAUAUUGAUGACAGUAAUUCUUUGGUGCAUUUCAA